AUGUUUCAGAAUGCCAACGCGAACAUGGUACACGGCAAUGUCUUCAAUGUCCAACAGCACCAGAUUCGCGUCCAUGAAGGCGAGACGGACGGCCGCCUGAAGAUCCUCCUCGAACGUUGCUGCAUCGGCGCUCAAGUCGACUCCAAUGAGCGAUUCGACCCACCUCGCUGCGACCCCGAAACACGUGUCAAGAUCAUACAAGGUAUCAUGGACUGGAUCAACAGCGACGAUGAAGGAGCGUCCAUCAUGGUUCUUCAUGGGUCGGCUGGGGCUGGCAAAUCCGCCCUCGAACAGACGAUCGCCCAGCGAUGCCAGGAGAAGGGUCGUCUUGCCUCUAGUUUCUUCCUCUCGCGGACCGCCGCGAACCCGCAGCGCAGCGAUGGAGAUGCCGUCAUCCCGACAUUGGUGUAUCAGCACCUACAAGUGUUUCCUUGGCUCAAGGAGCGGGUGUUGGAGGAGAUCAGCAAAGAUCCCGGACUCCUCGAGCGGUCGCGUGAGGUCCAAUUCGACCGUCUCUUCGUCAAAUACUUCCAAGCCAGUCCGCAGCAGCUCCAGAGUGAACCUCGCCCCCGACUCAUUGCGCUUGAUGGUCUUGACGAGUGCAAUGACCGUAAGAUCCAACAAGACCUCCUCCGUAUCAUUGCCGCUGCCAUCCCUUGCCUCCGACAUCCUUUCCGAUUCUUCAUCGCGUGUCGACCUGAGUUACACCUCAUGCAAGUUAUCAAUCACGACCCUCUCUUUCAGAACAUUCGCAUUCGCUGUGUCAAUCUCGGGGACGAUUCACAAGUGAACAAAGAUGUACACCUUUUUCUCACCAAGAAAUUCCGGGAAAUCCGACAGACCCAUCCGCUACGAAAAUUCCUUCCCAAGGAUUGGCCCCCCAAGAGCGUCAUAACCGCACUCGUGGAAAAAGCUUCGGGACAGUUCAUCUACGUCGAUACUGUCAUGAGGUUUGUUGCCUGGACUCACGCAAGACCUGACGACCGACUUAAUGUCAUCCUUGCAAUGGCGCCCCCUCGUCGAGACGAACAGCCAUUUGCCAACUUGGAUGAAUUGUAUACCUAUAUUUUUUCUUGUGUUGAGGACUGCGACACUGUGCAGCGCGUUCUGGGGGUUAUCUGGCUGGCAUCCCAGAAUAAAGUUUUUAGAAGCCUUCAUUGUUCAUUUUCAGAUCCAGUGCACUUGGAAGAAAUACUCUCGUGCCGUCCGGGCGAUAUUCAUCUUGCAUUCGCUGAUUUACCAUCUGUGAUCAGCAUCUCAGAAGGUCAUGGCGUCAAGGUUCUUCACGCAUCCUUGUUCGACUUCCUGCUCGACUCGACCCGAUCUGGUAGUCAUGCCCUUGACCUUGCUCUUGCACAUCAAUCACUGGCUACAUGGCUUUGGAGGAAAGUCAAUUCUGGAGAGGUGCCUACGGGACCGGUCAAUCUCAUUCUUCGUGAUGAUUCAAUGCUUUCCUACUUUUUUGGCCACUGUCGAUCCGCGCAUCUCUCAAAAGAAUUAACACAGGCAAUCGAGCGUACAGCCCUUGUCCUUAUGAAUUUCCUAGGUGAACUCGCCCAAGACAAGUGGUCUAGUGCUAUUCCAGCCAAUUUGGACGUAGUGAAGCAUUGUGACCACCUUCUGUCGCGCAUGUCAGUUGUAUUUACGAGGAAGGAUUUCCCUCGCGACUCCGAUGGAUGUGUGGUGUUGGUGGAGAAGAUGCGGGAAAUGUGGCUGCAGCGACCCUUGACUGGGGCGGACGACCUCUUCAUAUGGAUGCUGACUCCUACCAUUGAAUCUACCGACAGAAGCGCCCAGGCACGAGGAUCACACACGCGCAAGUUAGUUCCGGCGUUGCAAAGGGCGGGCAGUCGUAUAAGCACGAUGCUCGCUCGGAACGAACAGUACCUCGGACGACAUGUAAUCGAAGAAUUCCAGGAGCUCGCAGGGGACGAAUCCGGUGCUUCUCGCGGUAUGAAACUGACUUUGAUAGCGUCGCGUCUCAUGUUCUGGAUGACGUGCGUCCAGAGGUACACGGAUAGUCAUUCCUCAUCCAAGAUUUCUGACAUCUCAUUCACCUGGGCAAAAUACGCACAUGAAGCUGUUCGAUUGAGUUACGAUCCCCUAUCCAUCAAGGUGCUGAUGUUGCUCACAGCAACGCUUCUACGCCACGCUCACCAGCUGGAUCCAACCACCGUGAAAUACACGUUCACGGUCGAAAAUGAAGGCGCAUUAAAAGUGUUGGAAUCUUUGUUCCCGAAAACGGCGAAAUACUACAAGGACCAGGUCAACGCAUAUAUAAAGCGGUGCACAUAUAGUUGA